AUGAACCUGACAGGGUUUAACCAGUCUGAUCGCUGUAAGCAUUUCUUCUGUCCACAGAGGUCUGUAUAUCUUGAAGUUUAUAUUUUACUGUACGUGUGUUCAAGUGCUGUGGUUCUUCUAACAUUGUGUGGAAAUCUGCUCAUCAUCAUCUCUGUUCUUCACUUCAAGCAGCUUCAUACACCAACAAACACAAUUGUUCUCUCUCUGGCUGUGUCAGAUUUUCUCAUUGGCGCGUUUGUGAUGCUUCCAGUGUUAAUCUGGACAAUCGAGUCAUGCUGGAUUUUUGAAAAAGGUUACUGCUUCUGUUUAAUGGUUACUUCUUUUUUUCUUGGGAAUGUGUCCAUCUACAAUAUUGCUCUGAUUGCUGUAGAUAGAUAUUUGGCUCUCUCAAAUCCAUUUUUCUACAUAAACAUAAUCUCUAGAAGGAAAAUGUGCAUUGUGGUUUAUUUAAACUGGUGUUUGUGUCUGAUGUAUGUCAUAGCAGUUCUGUAUUUUAAUGGAAGUUUCAUGACUUUUUUCAUUUGUCCUGGAGAGUGUUUUCUCUUUUUUAAUGAGAUUUGUUCUAUAAUUGAUCUUGUUCAUUCAUUUAUAUUUCCCCUUUGUGUCAUAAUUAUAUUAUAUACUUUAGUUUUUGUGAUUGCUAAGAAACAUGCCACUGCUAUCAGAGACUUUAAUAAUCUCACACUGCCUAAAACACAGAAAGUCACCUCACACUCAAUGAAAUCUGAAAGAAAAGCAGCAAAAGUACUUGGAAUUUUAGUGUCUGUGUUUUUGGUGUGUUUACUUCCAUAUUUUGUUUUCACUUUUUUAGGAAAUGUUAUUAAAAUACAGCCAGAAACUUUUCAGAAAGUCCUUAUUAUGAUAUAUCUUAAUUCUACCAUUAAUCCAUUUAUUUAUGCUCUGUUUUACCCAUGGUUUAGGAGAUGCACUAGACUGAUUAUAACUCUGCAAAUAUUUCAAGCAGACUCUGCAUUAAUCAAUGUUCUUUCAUGA